ACUAAAAUUGCACUUCUCUAUAAAGCAUAUAAAUAAAAUCCCUUUCUCAUACAUUUCUUUUGUUUAUUGAUAUCAUCAAAGGCGUUUCUUUUUCCACUUGCUUAAACGUUGUAGUUUUCUCUCUCUCUCCACAAAGUUCAGUGCCAUCAUUUUGUUGUUCCAAAGCUCAUUCGACAAAUCACUUUCUCUCUCACAUAAUACACACGCACAUUUUCCCCAUCUCCAUGUUCAGACAAGGUUUCCCUAUUUACACCUAACCUUCUUCUGUCUCCCUUCAUCAACACACACAAACACACACACACACAUUCUUGUUUCCUUAAGUAACAGAAGAAGAGAAUGUCUGUAGCUAAUCACCUGCCGCCGCUGGUACAGCCACCGCCCGUGGUGGUGGUGGAGGCGGAGCCCACUCACUCAACCCACCAUUCCAUCGAGACACUCGUGGUGGUGCUAGCAGUCAUCACAAUACUCGGAGUCAUCGCGGGGAUCAUCGCUCGCCUAUGCGGCGGCCGCCACUUCGGAGGUUCCGGGGAACACGACAUAGAGGGAUGGGUGGAGAGGAAGUGCCGCAGCUGCAUUGACGCCGGUGUCCCCGCAGCGCCACCACCACCACCUCCUCCACCAGCCGCGCCGCCAGCCAAGGAGGUGGAGCAACCAAAGCCAGCACCCACUGAAGAGACAAAGAAGUGAGAGACUGAUUAAUUAGCUUGUCACCUAUCCUUCACAAUUUUUAUCCCUAUUAUUAUGCAUUAGUGUGACAAAAUUUAGGAUGUAGUUUUUUCUUCUUCCCCUUUUUACCCUUUUAGUUGUAGUUUUAUUAUGCCCAAUUAAAUUACAUGUUGAGUAGUCCUAGAAAUUAUGGUAAAACGUUGGUCAUUUGGG